UUGGCCUUGCAUGUUGAAGUUUGAUGUUGUUGAAAAAAGGUGUAAACUAUAUAAAGUGUAUUUUAAGAAAAAAAAAUAUUUUUGAUUAUAUACAGAAAGUAAAAAUACAGUUUUGUGAUUGGUUAUCAAUAUUUUGUUAUAACAAAGUGUUGUUAGAUUAAAACUUACCAAAAUAUUCACAUUAGCAAGUUUCAUCGAUGUUUCGGUAAUAAUUAUUACAAAGAUAAUGGCUACAGCAUCUGCAACAACUGCUUCAGCUGUUGAAGAAGACUUGGAUGAUUGUGGACCACAACUUAUUAACAAAUUAGAGGGAAAUGGCAUCACGGCUGGGGAUAUUAAAAAAUUGGAAGAAGCUGGAUACCACACUGUCGAGUCAGUAGCAUAUGCACCAAAAAAAUGGCUUAUAACUAUAAAAGGCAUAUCAGAAGCAAAGGCAGAUAAGAUACUAGCUGAGGCCUCUAAGCUCGUCCCCAUGGGUUUUACUACAGCAACAGAGUUUCAUCAGAAAAGGGCGGAAAUCAUUCAGUUGACAACUGGUUCAAAAGAACUAGAUAGGCUUCUUGGGGGUGGCAUUGAAACUGGAUCCAUCACUGAGAUAUUUGGAGAAUUUCGUACAGGAAAAACACAGCUUUGUCACACUCUUGCUGUCACAUGCCAGUUACCAAUAGAACAAUCAGGUGGUGAAGGAAAAUGUAUGUAUAUAGACACAGAAGGGACAUUCCGUCCAGAGAGGCUUUUGGCAGUAGCACAACGAUAUGGCAUGGAAGGCGCAGCUGUACUAGACAAUGUGGCAUAUGCCCGAGCAUAUAAUACUGAUCAUCAGACACAGUUGCUUGUACAGGCAUGUGCUAUGAUGGCUGAAUCCAGAUAUUCCUUGCUAAUAGUUGACAGUGUGACUGCGUUAUACCGUACAGACUAUUCAGGACGUGGUGAACUGAAUCCAAGACAACAGCAUCUCGGCAGGUUCAUGAGGAUGCUGCUAAGACUCGCUGAUGAGUUCGGCGUCGCAGUGAUAAUUACAAACCAGGUAGUGGCACAAGUGGACGCAGUUGGUGUAUUCAACGCGGACACAAAAAAGCCAAUUGGCGGACAUAUUCUUGCGCACGCGUCGACUACUCGCCUAUACUUACGCAAGGGACGUGGUGACAAUAGAGUUUGCAAGAUUUAUGACAGCCCAUGCCUUCCAGAGACUGAAGCAAUGUUUGCGAUUAGUUCAGAAGGAAUUACUGAUCCUAAGGAAUAAAGUAUUUGAGUUCAAAAUUAUUAAUGGCUUUAAAAAACUAAAAUUUGUAUCAUAUAUCCUUUUUAAAAAAUGUAACAAGACAA